UGCCUGUGGAAAUUUCGCUUCAGUUGCGCGGCGGUCGAGGCGAAGUGCAAACGUGCGAAAUUUUCUCGUUGGCCUCAGCGACAGAAACAGCGCAACGUGGACAUGUCCACGAUGCUGCCACAAAAGUAGGAAAACAAGAAAGGCAAGAAAAAAAGAAAAAAAGAAGGAAAAUACUACGACACACACACGCGCGCAGAAACGGCAAACAAAUAUUGAAAAUUCUAAGGAAAAGCGCCCGGGGAAAUGGGGCACGAGUGAAGCUAGUUUCCGUGAUCCAGAGGCGCUGUGGUGUUGUCCUCAGCUGGACACAUAGAGCCGUGACCGACUGCACUCCUUGAACCGCAAACCGCAAACCGCAAGCCGACUCCGAACCGCAGCCGAAACAGAAGGCAGCCAGGACAAUAAGGAUAACGGUGGCAGCAGCAGCAUUAAACCGACGUUCGUCCUUGGCAUUUGGAAUAACAGGCGAGGGGCUGAGGGCAGGAAGCCCCGGGAAAUCACUGCAAGCGAAGCGGAAAAGAGGAAUCUUAUCGGAUCCGAGGACAAGACAGGAGCUCCCUGAGCACCACAGCCAUCCUGGCCCAGCGCAACCACAGCACCUCCAACGGCAGCAGCGCAGCCAGCGUCGCCAGCGGCGUCGGCAGCGUUCCCGUUAUCAUGGAGGGUCCCGAAGUCACAUUCCUUUUCCAAUUCGGCAGCGUGCGCGAUGCGGUCUGCGUGCCCGCCCACUCGCUGACCCUCAAGACGCUCAAGGACCUGGCCUGCGACUUCAUCAACACAAAGAUCCCGGACAGCGGACUCACGUACCUCUCGGAACGCAUUCUGCUCUUCGUCCACGACUACAGCACCCCGAAUGUGCUGCACAUCAUCAACUCGGCGGCGGAGGUGGUGGACGAGACCCUCGUGGAAAUCGUGCUGACCGCCAGUCCCAUCCUGUACCCGACCUCCGAGAUGCCGACGCUCAAGCCGCACAGCCUGAAUGUGCAUUCCUACAAGGGACCGACCUUCUGUGAUUUCUGCGGCGAGAUGCUGUUUGGCCUGGUGCGGCAGGGCCUCAAGUGCGACGGAUGCGGCCAGAACUAUCACAAGCGGUGCGUGGUGAAGAUCCCGAACAACUGCAACCGCUCCAACGACGCCACCUCGCGGCGCUCCUUCACGCUCCAGGCGCCCCGCAGUCCGUCCGGCAGCUCCCAGCAGUCGCUCGUCUCCACGGAGGACUCCGCCGGGCGGAACGACUCGAGCAGCUCACUGAAUAUUCCCGGUCGCCAUCAAAGGACCCACUCGUCGGGCAGCCGGAAUGGACUGAUGGUGCUCCGCAUUCCGCACACAUUCAUGGUGCACACAUACGGAAUACCCACGGUGUGCCAGCUGUGCAAGAAGCUGCUCAAAGGACUCUUCAAGCAGGGCCUCCAGUGCCGCGACUGCCAGUACAACACGCACAAGAAGUGCAUGGACAAGGUGCCCCACGAUUGCACGGGGGAGGCCCAACUGAGCCAGCUGCAGAUCCAGGCCGGGGCCAAGGAGCGGGACAACUUCUUCCGCGAGGAGUUCGACGACAGUGACGGCGACGACGGGUCCGAGUAUGGCAAGUACAAGGCGGCCAUGUCGGGCGGUGUGAAUCUGGUGGCGGGCAGACCCAGAGAAGCACCAAAAGCCCUGACAAACGCGCACAAUUCGCCGCCGGAGCUGGUCAACGGAGCACUGGGCGAUGAUUCCAGCGUCGGGGGCGGUGAGACCAGCAAGUCCAGUAGCGAUGGCCAGUCGGAGCAGUCGCAAUCCUCCAGCUCCUCCUCGCCCAGUGCCAAUAUCCCGCUGAUGAGGAUCGUCCAGUCGGUGAAGCACACCAAGAAGCGCGGAGGGCAGGCCCUAAAGGAGGGCUGGCUGGUGCACUACACCUCGCUGGACAAGGCGGUGAAGCGAUACUACUGGAGACUGGACUCCAAGACCAUCACACUGUUCGUCUCGGAGCAGGGGAGCAAGUACCACAAGGAGCUGCCGCUGGCGGAGCUCCUCUCGAUCGAAAGCCACCUCGGAGAUCCCCGGCCGGAGUGCAACUACUGCUUCGAGCUGCGCCUUCCCAGUCUCAGCUACUUCGUCGGACAGGAUCCGCAGGUGGGCGCCAAGGAGGAGCAGGCCGUCAGGUUACCGCCGCCGGACAGUGGAAUUGGAAGCGACAUUGCCAAGAGCUGGGAGACCAGCAUCCGGCAGGCCUUCAUGCACGUCACCAAUACGCAAUGCUGCGAGUCGGAGGAGCAGGUGCAGGACAUGGGCCAGCUGUACCAGAUCUUUCCGGAUGAGGUGCUCGGCUCCGGGCAGUUUGGCGUGGUCUACGGCGGCGUGCACAAGAAGACGCAGCGCGAGGUGGCCAUCAAGGUGAUCGACAAGCUGCGCUUCCCCACCAAACAGGAGGCGCAGCUGAAGAACGAGGUGGCCAUCCUGCAGAACAUCUCGCACUGCGGCGUCGUCAAUCUGGAGCGGAUGUUCGAGACUCCGGAGCGCAUCUUCGUGGUGAUGGAGAAGCUCAAGGGCGACAUGCUGGAGAUGAUCCUCUCGCAUGCAAGGGGCCGCCUGAGCGAGCGGGUGACCAAGUUCCUGAUCACCCAGAUCCUGAUUGCCCUCAAGUACCUGCAUUCGCAAAACAUCGUCCACUGCGAUCUGAAGCCGGAGAACGUGCUGCUCUCCUCGGACGCCGAGUUCCCGCAGGUGAAGCUCUGCGACUUUGGCUACGCCAGGAUUAUCGGCGAGAAGUCCUUCCGCCGCUCGGUGGUCGGCACUCCGGCCUACCUGGCACCCGAAGUGCUCCGCAACAAGGGCUACAACCGAUCUCUGGACAUGUGGAGCGUGGGCGUCAUCAUCUACGUGAGCCUGAGUGGCACCUUCCCCUUCAACGAGGAGGAGGACAUCAACGACCAGAUCCAGAAUGCGGCCUUCAUGUAUCCACCAAAUCCCUGGAAGGAGAUCUCCUCCAACGCCAUCGACCUGAUCAACAACCUGCUGCAGGUGAAGCAGCGCAAGCGGUACACGGUGGACAAGAGUCUGCUGCACUACUGGCUGCAGGACAAGCAGACGUACCGCGACCUCCGCAACCUGGAGACCCAGGUGGGCGCCGGACGCUACCUCACCCACGAGGCGGAUGACCUGCGCUGGGACUGCGCGGGCGACAUGUGACCUGGCUGUGAGCCCGAGGCGCUUCUCGAGAGCACCGCCGAGAUAAUCAGCUGCAGCGCCACCAACGCCACCACCACCACCACCACCGAGAGCUAUCGUCGAUCUCCGGCGGACUGCGCCGGAUGCCACCGGCUGUCGGACUGCGGGAACUCCCCCAAGUCGGAGGCCAUGAGCGACAGGGCGCUGAAGUGGAUGCGGUUCCACCUCUGCCGGCACAUCAAAUAGCAGGACAACCUUAUUGCCUAGCCCAUAAGUUUAUCCUAUCUCUCUAGCUCGCUUCUCGAUUGAUAUCUGCUAAACGAAUGAACUCUUCUUACCACUUACCACUUACCACUUACAACUUACGACUCUGUGUGCUAAAUUUUCUCUAGAAUCAAAAUUAGUCGAUAGCUUUAAUUUGUUAACCACCUAAAGGCAACUCUUAUGAAUAAUACACAAAUACCUAAUAUACAUACCUACGUGUACGUGAAAAUAAAACCCAGACGUAACUGCGAAGCUCAGAUCCAGUUUAGUACCAAUGGCCAUAAGUCGCAGGAAGACACCAAACCAAACGAAUGGCAGGGAAAUAUGUACAGCUGAAUAAACAACGUCCGAGAAUUAGGAAACGCA